AUGGGAACUUUUGCAGGACAUCUCAUUCCAGGUACUAUUUUUCUCAUAUUAAGUUUCUGGUGGACUUAUUCAGCAUGGUUACGUUAUUUCGUCUGCCGACAACGUAAACAAUCUUACCACGUUUCUCUGACUUUUCCACUGCAAUGUUGCGGACGACGAGUGGCUGCAUUACCGAUAGAAGCUCUUUUUAUUAUCAUUAGCACAGGUUUUGGUAUUGCAACUGAAUUAAGUAUCGGAUUCCAUCAUAGAGAUGGUCACAUAUCAUUCUAUAUGGGUGCAAAUAGUUAUCAACAUAUUGCUACGUAUAUGAUGUUUUUUCUUGUUGGUAUUAUUGAUCUUCUUAUUCAUUGUCGAGUUCCCAUUCCGGAACAUUUGAGUAUUGUCGCCGUUAACGUAGCCUUUGCUGCAGAAGCAAUAUCAUUCUACUUUCAUGGUCAUGGUCGAUCUCCGAUCGAAGUUCAACUUCACGUUUUUCUUGCGCUUGCCAUUUGUGCUUCAAUUAUCUGUGGUACUUUUGAAAUAAUUCAACGUGAAAAGCAGAUUUAUGCUACAUUGAUGCGAGCUUACUGCACAUUUUUACAAGGUUCCUGGUUCUAUACAGUCGGUUUCUUUCUCUACAGUCCAUUUCAUGCUCAUUAUGAAGAUACAAAAGAUCCUGAUGAACAUAGAAAUUCGAUGUUAAUCGCUUAUUAUUUUGUUCUUCAUAUGGCCAUUGGAAUGUGUGUUCUGAUUUUAUUUGCUUUGCCCGCCUAUUAUAUGUCAAAGCGUAACUUGCAAGCAAUCGAUUCUGUUAGUUAUGAACGUGUUCCCUUUGUGAACAAUGAUGAUAAUGAGGAUAACGUCAAUAAUCACUGCACACAGAUGGAAAAACUGAAUGUAAUGACAAAUAUUUGA